CAAGAAAACAUUAACCUGUGGAUGAAAAGAGAAGAAGCAUGAAUAACUUCAGUGUGUGCGUUUUCCUCACUCUGGUGAUUGCAGCUCACGCCAACCCAAUAACGACAGCUUCCAACAGCAUUGAUGACGAUGUGGUCCAGAACUACCUGAAAAGAUUCUAUGACUUGGGAAUGGAGAGUGAGUCUUCUGGUCUAUUCAAGACAAGCCAGCUACAAUUGAAGCUAAAAGAGAUGCAGCAGUUUUUUGGACUCCGUGUGACAGGAAAAAUGGACUCUGAAACGCUGGAGGUCAUGAAGAAGCCCCGCUGUGGUGUUCCCGAUAUGGCUGCCUACACCACUUUUGGAGGCCACAAAUGGCCCACCAACAAGCUGACUUACAGAAUCGAAAAUUACACUCCAGAUAUGCCAGCGGCUGAAGUGGACAGUGCCUUGGCAAAAGCUCUACAGAUCUGGGCAAAAGUAACACCCCUGAGGUUUACCCGUAUCUACACUGGAACAGCCGAUAUCAUGAUAUCGUUUGCUAGCAGAGAGCACGGCGAUGGCUACCCAUUUGACGGGCCAGAUAACACUCUAGCUCAUGCCUUUGCACCAUCAAGUGGAAUUGGAGGUGAUGCGCAUUUUGAUGAAGAUGAGACCUUCACUUUCGGCACCCCAGCUGGGUAUAACUUGUUCCUGGUGGCUGCCCAUGAAUUUGGACACUCUCUUGGCAUGGGCCACUCCGCGGACCCUGGUGCUCUCAUGUAUCCAGUGUACAUUUACAGAGAUCCUGACAGCUUUAUUCUACCACAGGAUGAUGUCAAAGGAAUACAGUCAAUUUACGGUCCGAACCCUGACACUGUUGACCCUGAACCUACAGCUCCCCCCACCCCUAACGCCUGUGAUCCCAAACUCACACUUGACGCAGUCACAAGUAUGCGUGGAGAGUUGAUAUUCUUCAAGGGCAGCUUCUUCUGGCGUAGUUAUCCGCUGAAACCAAAUCCUGAGCAACAUCUCAUCAAGAGCUUCUGGCCUGAUGCUCCUGAGAAUAUUGAUGCCGCCUACGAGGACCCAGAAACCCAACAAGUGUUCCUCUUUAAAGGUCAAAAGGUCUGGGCCCUCUAUGGCUAUGACUUGGUGAAGGGUUAUCCAAAGAGCCUGAGCAGUAUGGGCUUGCCAGACACUGUGAAGAUGGUCACCGCUGUGCUCAGUGACCCUGAAGCUGGAAAGACUUUGUUCUUCGUUGGUGAAGAUUAUUACAGCUAUGAUGACACACAAAAGGCAAUGGACAGGGGUUACCCUAAAGCAGUUGCAGAUGGUUUUCCUGGAAUGAGUGGAAAAGUCACAGCAGCAAUCCACUUCAGAGGUUUUGCCUACCUCUACAGUGGCCCCAUCAUGUUCGAGUACAGUCUUAGGUCCCGAAGACUUUUCCGUGUGCUAAAGACUAGCUAUUUGCUAAAUUGCUAGUAACAAUAAAUGAGUUUUGAUCUUUUUGCUAAAAAUUCAAUGUUUUUACUUGCUGCUACAGAAUGACCACAAAGUAUUUAAACUUUUAGAAUAUUUAAUUUAUUCGGCCUAUGAUAUGUUGUUAUGAUAUGUAGUAACAAUAAAUGUGUUUAGACCUUUUUUCGCUAAAAAUGCAAUGAUUUUACUUGCUGGCACAGAAUGACCACAAAGUAUAGAUUUAAACUUUUAUAAUAUUUAAUUUAUUCGGCCUUUGAUAUGUUGUUAUGACAUGUGUGCUUGUAAUCUAAAUAUAUCUAUCUAUCUAAAUAAUCUAAAUGAAAAUGAUUGAUUAUUUAAAAGUAUUGUUUUAAUGUUUUAAAUAUAGCAAUACAUUCAACUGCAAUGUUUAAUAAAGUAUUGAACUAG